AUGCCAGUGACCGGCCGCGUCGGAGGCCUCGCUCCGGUCAAGUUCCUCGCGCUCUCUCCACCUCUCUCGCCGCAGUUGCGUAGGCGACAAAAUGAGCUCGCUCGCGAAAAUCACAAACAGUUGGAGUGGGAAGGGGUGCUGGGCCCGAGCCUGCUUGACACUGCGGACACGAAUCCAGUGCGGUGCAGUGUGGCAGCUUGCGAGGAGCGGUGA